AGAGUAAAUGAGGCUUCUGUUCAAGAGCGCACAUGUGGAGACUUCAUCCCUCCUGUUCACACAGAAUAUGGAUCCUACUAUUUUUUCGUUUGGAAUAGCCCUGGUUAUUUCGGCAUAUGAAAGCCUUACUGUGAAUGCAGUUUGUCCUCAAACAGCUGGACAGGCAGAGAUGAGAGCCAAGGAUUGCCUAACAGCCGUCGGCCUAACCAUGCAGCCAGCGUCAGAGGGCGGGAACUCGGGUGAUGCAGACAGACUCAAACAAUACUGCCAGGACGGCACGCUGGACAUAGCUCUCGAGUGUGUAGAAAAUAUCCUCAUUGAGUGUAACGACCAAAAUCCUCAUGUUGGUGACCUGUUAUCCAAAAGUGUCAGCAUUGAUAAACUAAGGAAUGGAUUUGACUACAUGUGCAAAAAUAUUGACAUCUUAUCCAUCCAAGCGACGUGCAUAGAACUUCAGACAAGACCGAUAUCCCAAUGUGUACAGAUGGAGACACACAACUUUCAGAAUAAGAUAGCCGAAAAAAAGAAAAAUAACGAUGCUCGGCCGGAUGACGUAUGGUCUUUAUCCUGCGGGUUUAUGGACAAGGUAUUUGACUGCCAGGAUAAAUACUAUCGCGAAAACUGCGGGGAGGAAGUGGCCAAUGUUCUGGCAAAUUUUAUGCAAUCUGUUAAGCCGCCUGUCUGUGCAAAGUACGGGAGUGGAUGUGACAGCGUCAAAGUGGCACCCCUUUUCCUUGUGUUUGGAAUUCUCUCAUUCCUUGCUCUUUCCAUCCUUUGACCUUAAUGACAACUGAUUUUCACAGUGGUGUCAUGGCCCAUGUGAUCAGAGGAGGGAGAGAUGGAACGGUCAUGAUUAAUCAAGUGCCUGGCAUUUAAAACAUUACCGAGUGUAACCGUCAUGUUCACUAUAAUGAAAGGCCACAAUUUUGUCAUCCGGUCGUCGCCUUCAAUGACAAGCUGUCAUAAAUUACUGUCAAAUGGGUGUAAAGUUAAUGACUUUUUAGGAAUCAAAAUUGUUUGUUAAAAACGUAUGGCCAACUGGGAUUAUCGAAAUCGACUGUGUCAAUUUCCAUAGCAUUCUAGGGGGAUGUAGUGUGGGUCCAUCUGUUUGGACAAACGAUCCGUUACAAUAUCAACGCAGAAUACAGACUAUCUUCGAGCGAAGGCUCAAAGGUCACAUAAAUGACUGAAUGGCAACAAACGCAAAAGGUGUCCAGUUUUUAUCUGAUCUGGAAAAAGAGGCGGCCAUUCAACCAAGGUCUCCAAAAAUGGAUUAAUUUUGAUUGAUACGCCAAGACUGAGAAGCCAUUUCCUCUACGCAUUUCCUGAUGAAUGAUUAGGACUGCUGAUGAAUUGUUGAUAUGUUCUUAACUAAAUGUAAGAUUGUGAACAACACGCACGACGGAAUUACCAACAUUUUGGAUUAGACAUCGUCUCAAUAAACUAAAUGCAAUCCUACGCGGAGAAAAAAUGAACAGGUGUUCGGUGAAGUGAACACACACGGAGGCAACGCAUUGGAAAUCACGACUACAACACGUGCACAGAUCAACACACUGUUAAGCACGGCCGGGUCUGUUUAAACAUAGUGAAUUACAAGUAUCAAGGUGAUUGCCGCAGUGAUUUGACACCAAUCAAUCAAUCAAUCAAUCGGGAACGCACGAGGAGAGAUAUGAUUGUUGGAUAUAACUGGUGCCAAGAACUGUUUGAUGUGUAAACGUGUACACGCGUUUUCAAGUAGUUUAAUGAUUGGCUGUUUCUAAGGAUGAAAGAUACAACUCAGGUAAUUGCUAUGUCAUUGAUAUAGGCUAUUAAGGAACGAUGUGAUAUUAGAUGUAGACAUGUUCUCAAGUGUACCUCGUGCCGGUUGAUUGUGCUAAGGUGUUGGGUUUUAGAAAGGUAAUACCGGAAAUUUUGUGUCAAAAAACCCAUGAGUGAAAAUGCAAUUGACUUUUUGCACUU